GCUUCCUCAACUUCUUUUCAAGCAACACCAACGGAAUCCUCUCUCAAAUACCUUUCAACUAAUCUACGAUACACUCGCUACUCGGGAAAACUCCAAGAUGAAUACUGUUAAUACUAUACUAUCCUCACUAAUGUCCACGAGCUAACACUUGCUAGGUCAAAUCGUUCUGGUACAGCUUAUCCGCCCUCGCAGACGACUAGCUUCAUGUUAACAUCACAUUCACAGGCUCGGCUGGGGAUCGCUGUGUGUUGGUAGGCUCUCGAAAUAGUGCUCCAAGAAAGGAUAUCAAUUGAUAAUCGAUAGCUGGUGGAGGCGCAUACUACUUCGCGAAGAAGUCAAUCAACGAGGAUCGCAUUCAACGAUUCGAGGCCGAACGACGUAAGAAGCAAAUCCAGGAUGACUUCGAAUAUUCGAGCAAAUUAGCAAGUCAAGCAAGAGGAUCGACGACCUCUAAAGGGGACGGAGGACCAGCAAGAGCGGAUAGUACUGGGUCACCAAGUCAGGAAGCAAGUAGCGAUCCAGCGCCAACAGGACAUGCGCCUGAGAACGAGAAACAAAGAAUACUGGAAAAGAGCAAAUACGAGGCCUCGGAGCCGUUUAGAGCGAGAAAGGGGGACCGAUUUAGUUGA